CCAGUCAACGUCGGAGACUACAUCCAGGCCGUGCUGGACAGGAACCUGGCGGAGAACAUAUCCCGCGUCCUCUACCCCAACGACAACUUCUUCGAGGGGAAGGAGCUGCGGCUGAAGCAGGAGUACUUCGUGGUGGCUGCCACCCUCCAGGACAUCAUACGCCGCUUCAAAGCGUCCAAAUUCGGGAGCACGGACAGUGUCCGAACGGUGUUUGACUCCUUCCCAGACCAGGUUGCCAUCCAGCUCAACGACACACACCCCGCCAUGGCCAUCCCUGAGCUGAUGAGGAUUUUCGUGGACAUCGAGAAGCUGCCCUGGAACAAGGCCUGGGACAUCACCACACAGACCUUCGCCUACACCAACCACACGGUGCUCCCCGAAGCCCUGGAGCGCUGGCCGGUGGACCUGGUGGAAAAGCUGCUCCCCAGACACCUGCAGAUCAUCUACGAGAUCAACCAGAGACACCUGGAUCACAUCGCGUCCCUCUUCCCGAACGACGUGGACCGGCUCCGGAGGAUGUCCCUGAUCGAGGAGGGAGGCACCAAGAGGAUCAACAUGGCCCAUCUCUGCAUCGUCGGCUCCCACGCCGUCAACGGCGUGGCGAAGAUCCACUCCGAAAUAGUCAAGACUCAAGUCUUCGAGGACUUUGCAGCGCUGGAGCCGGAGAAGUUUCAGAACAAGACCAACGGCAUCACCCCGCGGCGCUGGCUCCUGCUCUGCAACCCGGGGCUGGCAGAGCUCAUCGCGGAGAAAAUAGGGGAGGACUACGUGCGGGACCUGAGCCAGCUGACAAAGCUGCACGAGUUUGUGGACGACGACCUCUUCAUCCGGGAGGUUGCCAAAGUGAAGCAGGAGAACAAGGUGAAGUUCGCGCUGUACCUGGAGAAGGAGUACAAAGUGAAGAUCAACCCUUCCUCCAUGUUCGACGUGCACGUGAAGAGGAUCCACGAGUACAAGCGGCAGCUGAUGAACUGCCUCCACAUCGUCACCAUGUACAACCGCAUCAGGAGGGAGCCGGCGAAGGUGUUUGUGCCGAGGACGGUGAUCAUUGGAGGCAAAGCUGCCCCAGGAUAUCACAUGGCUAAAAUGAUCAUCAAGCUCAUCAAUGCUGUGGCUCACGUGGUGAACAAUGACCCCGUUGUGGGGAGCAAGCUGAAGGUCAUCUUCCUGGAGAACUACAGGGUCUCGCUGGCAGAGAAAGUGAUCCCUGCUACCGACCUGUCGGAGCAGAUCUCCACGGCGGGCACCGAGGCGUCGGGUACGGGGAACAUGAAGUUCAUGCUGAACGGGGCUCUGACCAUCGGCACCAUGGAUGGAGCCAACGUGGAAAUGGCCGAGGAGGCUGGAGAGGAAAACCUGUUCAUCUUCGGCAUGAGGGUGGAGGAUGUCACGGAGCUGGACCGGGAAGGGUACAAUGCCCACAAGUACUACGACCGACUCCCCGAGCUGAAGCAAGCCGUUGACCAGAUUAAGAGUGGCUUCUUCUCCCCAGAGGAGCCUGACCUCUUCAAAGACGUGGUCAACAUGCUCUUCCACCACGACCGGUUUAAAGUUUUUGCGGACUACGAGGCUUAUGUCAAAUGCCAGGAGAAGGUCAGCGAGCUGUACCUGAACUCCAAGGCAUGGACCAAGAUGGUCAUCAGGAACAUCGCGGCGGCCGGCAAGUUCUCCAGCGACCGCACCAUCAAGGAGUACGCCCGGGACAUCUGGCACGUGGAGCCCUCUGACCUGAAGAUCCCACCUCCCAACGAGCCCCGGGAUGCAGCUGAGGACAAGACCCUCAACGGCACGGCGGCCUAGGGGCACGGAGCUGCCGAGGGGCCGCGAGCACGUGCGUUGUAAAAUCGUCUCUGCUGUCUAGUCUGUGUGCUGCUGCUGCUGGCUUUCCUCGGGGCGGGGGGGGACAGGGGAGGGGGAGGACUUUUUAUAACCUAAGUGUCGUGCGGAAAGCGAAACCACGUCGCCCCGUUGCUUGCAUAGGUGCUAAAAAUAAAAGUGCC